UGUGUUUUAUUUCGCGGCGCCUGGAAACCGAGUCGGAGUGACACCUCCUGCUCCCGGUUCUCUGUGUAACGGAAGACAUUUUGAGCCGCUGCGGUCGCUCCGGUCCGUUAUUGGAGUGUCAGCCUGUGUUCGGGGCUGACGUACCGGAGAGUCAGCCGCGAGUCUGAGUUGGAAAAAGACGACAUUUAACGGGAAAACCGUUGCAGUUUAACCGGUGUAUGCGCAGCUCAGCUAGCCAGUUUAGCGCCUCAAGCUAAAGCCACAAAAGCUAGCAAAGUCCUAGAUGCUAGUUAGUUAGCGGCAGCUAGCUGGCCUGCCCUCCUCCUCCUCCUCCUCCACCUCCACCACCACCACCUCCUCCACCACUACCACCUCCUCCUCGACAGCCGGUCCCUCUUCAGACACAAUGGCUUUAAAACGAAUUUCUAAGGAGUUAACCGACCUGUCCAGGGAUCCUCCGGCUCAGUGCUCCGCUGGACCCGUCGGAGAAGACAUGUUUCAUUGGCAAGCUACUAUUAUGGGGCCUCCUGACAGUCCCUACCAGGGCGGCGUAUUUUUCCUGACUAUUCAUUUCCCUACAGAUUAUCCCUUCAAACCACCCAAGGUCGCCUUCACAACGAGAAUUUAUCACCCAAAUAUUAACAGUAAUGGCAGCAUCUGCUUGGAUAUAUUGAGGUCACAGUGGUCUCCAGCAUUAACUAUCUCUAAAGUCCUUUUGUCCAUUUGUUCUCUCUUAUGUGACCCGAAUCCUGACGACCCGUUAGUGCCAGAGAUUGCUCGCAUCUACAAAACAGACCCUGUAAGGUAUAACAGACUAGCCAGGGAGUGGACAGAGAAGUAUGCCAUGCUGUGAGGGUACAACAAGACAGCUCAGGACUGGACGCAGAAGUACGCCAUGUGAUCCUGCUGCUGCUGCUGCUGCUGCUGCUCACUGCUGGAAUUAACGGUUUGAUUUUCUCAUGUGGCCACGCCCCCUUUUCACCCACCGUAACCGCAAUUUGUUCACGUUUUGUUUUUACGCCCCGACGCUUUUAAAUUCUCCGUUCGAGGACUGGGAGCUGUGAAUGUGCCAACUGCAAAACUAAAAACCCACGAAGAAGAGUGGACUCUGCUCCACCCGGCCGGAGGAGGCUGCUCCGGCAGCAGGAGGGCGCCGAUCAAUAAUCAAUAAUGCAUGUCAGCGAUCGGUCCGUGUGCUGCUGAGAACAGGUGUGUCCACUUUAAAAAAAAAAAGAAAAACCAAGAAGCUGUUCCCGGGUUUCUUCUAGUUUCUUUUGUUUUUAGACGAGAGCCGUUAGUUCGUCCAUCAUCCAACACUGUCUCCUGUUUUUGCACUGAAAAAGAAACAAAGCUCUCAGCGGCUGAUCGAUCAACUAAUAGCUCUGUGAUGUUUUUCUCAAUAAAGUUGAACAAAUUGCA